UUGUGUGCUAAAAAUCGCUUAAAAAAUUAAAAAAAUGUGUAGAUUUGUAAUAGAAUAUUUGUAAAAUUAGCAAUUCAACUAUGACCCUAAAAAAGCGCAUGACUCCUAAAUCACAAGCCGCUCUGAAGAAACUUAUCAAGGAUUCCGUUAAACCAACGAAGUACCGACCACUGUUUUGGAAACUCAACGUCUCAGUGCUCUUGAUUUGUUUCGUUUUCAAGUACCUACCUCGAGAGGAUUUCGUAACCGGAGAACAUUUGACCCAGCAGUGCGAAUAUGACACUCGGGAGCUCUGUGCAGAUUGCUUCCGGGAAACAACGGAUUGUGAUUUCUUCCGGCAACGAAUUAGAAUACGAACGGAUGACCUUGCAAACAUUCUGAUAGACCCAUUCGAUCCUCAACGUGUGCUAUUUGCCCAACUGGAUGGCCAACAAUCGGUGGUUGUAAGAAAUCUAAACCUGAACAGUAAGAUGGAAUCGUUGCGGAACGAACUCUGUCGGGAGUUGAACAUCACCCGAAGCGAUUGCCGAUUAGCGAAUGAUGAACGAUUUCUGAAAAGACUGAGAAGACGAGUGCUGGAUAAGUCCGUAGUCGAUGGUUGCACCGUUUGUCCUUCUGGAGAUAUGAAAGCACUGGGAUGGCUGCUGCUCGAGUUCACCGAAACCGAACUGCUGGAUUUGCUGCUGAUUAGAACCAAUGCUCAGCCACUGAUGCUAAAGAUGUUGGGUAAACAUGGAUUUCCGGUACCGAAGCUUAUUUUCCAGGGUGGAUUCACGCUGAUCGAAAGUGAUGAUGGCCAAACUAUGAAUCAUUUUUACAACAGCCCGUUAAAGGUUAGGUUGAAAAUCGCUCUCGCCCUACUAGAGGCAAGUUUGCAGUUUACCGAUGGCGUCGGACGGUUUCGUUUUUACCUCACGGAUAUAAGUCCCAGCAACAUAGCUGUGCAAGUACUGGCAUCCGGUAAGGUCCAGGUGUCUUUCCUUGAUUUGGCCAAUAUCUUCAUAGUGGAUCGCCAGAGCGAGCGAAUCGCUGACCAACAGAAGGCGGUUCAUACUCGUAUCGAGUGUGACAGGUGCAUCGCGUUCGUGAAAGAGGAACUUUGUUUCCAUCAGGAGAGCGACAUCAACUCGUUUGCUACGUGUAAUCUCCUUUGGGAGGACUACAAUGGAUAUCCGAAGGGAUUUUUGCACAACGAGGAGGAAUAUCAUCAACUAGCAGAAAUAGAGACACUACUGGAUCAUUGCGUUCAAUGCGUUCCCCCGAAAUGUCAGGAUCGGCAUAAAAUUCUUCAAAAUAUUCAAAGGAUGAUCAGACUCAUGCUUGCUUAUUGAAUCUGUACUUGUCCAACGUAGUCCUGGUGAUAAUAUGGCAAUGUGAUAAAGUACUUGUUAGAGAAUAAGAUAUUACUACGGCCAGGCCAACCAUGUGAUGAAAACUGCAAAAGAUACAGGAUACAGGGGUGGAAUGAAGCGUGGAGAUCCCUACCAAACGCUUCAUGUGAUAUUUUGAAUAUGGAAAGACCUAAAUAUGAAUUUAUG